ACACUGGCCAACAUGGAUGACAGGUUUCGUUGAUAUCAAAAGGGGUGCUGUCAAAAAGUGACUUUACAAUACUAUCUACAGUAUUUCAUCAAAUAAUGGAUAAAAUACCUGGUUUUAUUGAUUGUUUAAAUUCAUUUUUUGUUGUCAUAAAAAAAAACAUGUUAUCGACACAGAGGGGAAAUCAAAUAAAUCAUAGCCUGGGUGACAAUCUGUUACUGCUCUUUUGCCAACUCCUGCCUGGCUUGACAAUGGAGUAGGCAUAAGCAUAAACAGAUCUUGGACCAGGCUUAAAUACAUUUUCAUAGAAGAAUAUGACAUCAUCAGUUGCUAAUUCAAUGUGACCAAAGUCCACUUUGAGGUGGUUGUUUAGUCCAUGAUGCUUUGCUUUCACUCCCUCCUUUCUUUCCAACCACAACUCACAGUGAAGAAAAAAAACUCCAUCGCAUCAAACCUCAACUCCAGUGGAAGGGGGGAAACCCUGUCUAAUGAACAUGUCUCUGAAAUGCAGCAUGGUAGGCAGCAGACAGAUUUGUUUGUACAAGGACAACACAAGACACACUAGAGGAUGAAGAGCCAACAGCACACCUCCAGAUACCUGCUGCUACAUGUGUGGUGCGGGUUUCUCACAGUCGCUAUGGGGAUUAUGGUCGCAGUUCUCACAACAGUGAAAAUAAACUCACCUGACAAGAGUCAUUUACCUGAAUCAAAGGAGGAAAACCAGCACCCUACAAACGGCAGUUUUUUGGCUCAAUUGAAUUCAUCAAAGGCUCCCCAUCUCUCCUAUAUCCAGCUGACCAUGGGAACAUUAUCUUGGGAGAAUGACCAUAAUGUCCCCGUCUGUGGCUCUUGCUCCCUCGUCCUCCGCGACAACUCUGUCUACGUCACAUCUGAAGGCUUCUACUACUUCUAUGUCCAGGUCACCUUCACUAGGCGCACCGGGCGAGAGGAGAAGAGGAAGGUGACUCUGUUCAAAAAUGGAAUUCAAAAUAAGACCCAGCAGAGGAAACUGAGUGAAGCUGUGUAUCACGGAGAGAAAGAGGGCACUGUAUUCAUGUCCAGGAUGCUUAAGCUCCAACAAGGUAACAGUCUCAGCCUUGAGAUAACAUCCAAGAAUAAUAGUUUUAGGUAUGGGGAAGAGAAUACCUACUGGGGGGCAUAUCAGCUCCCCCCAUAUUGAGCCAACAGACAUUGUUAUUGAGAUUUAGUUCAAGAUUGAACCAAAAAAGCGGUUAAAACAUUGUUUUAAAAAAAGGUUGUGGUAGUUACUAAACUGAAUUUAUUUGGUGAAAACUGUAACUGUUAUGCAUAUGCAUUGUUUGUUUUGCUGAACAGAUUUGAUUACAUAAUGAGAUAACAGAAUACAUUGUCAAGCUAUGUA